AUGGCUGCAGAUAACACCUCCUCUGUGACAGAGUUUACCCUUGUAGGCUUAACGGGCCAGCCAGGACUGCAGAUUCCCCUCUUCUUCCUGUUUCUAGUUUUCUACCUGCUCACUGUGGUGGGAAACCUGGGCUUGAUAACCCUGAUUGGACUGAACUCUCACCUUCACAUUCCCAUGUACUUUUUCCUCUUCAACUUGUCCUUCAUAGAUUUUAGUUUCUCUACUGCCAUCACCCCCAAAAUGCUGAUGAGUUUUAUCUCAAAGAAGAACAUCAUCUCCUAUGAAGGGUGUAUGACUCAGCUCUUUUUCUUCUGCUUCUUUGUCUUUUCUGAAUCCUUCAUCCUGUCAGCCAUGGCAUAUGACCGCUAUGUUGCCAUCUGUAAGCCACUGGUGUAUACUGUCACCAUGUCUCCUCAGGUGUGUUUACUGCUUUUGUUGGGUGUGGAUGUGAUGGGGGUUUUGGGGGCUACAGCUCAUACUGGAAAUAUAGUGUUUCUGACCUUUUGUGCCAACAACCUUGUCAAUCAUUAUAUGUGUGACAUCCUUCCCCUGCUUGAGCUCUCCUGCAACAGCUCUUACAUCAAUUUGCUGGUGGUCUUUAUUGUUGUGACCAUUGGCAUUGGGGUGCCUAUUGUUGCCAUUUUUAUCUCUUAUGGUUUCAUUCUUUCCAGCAUUUUCCACAUUAGCUCCACUGAAGGCAGGUCCAAAGCCUUCNUCUCUCUCUCUCUCUCUCUCUCUCUCUCUGUCUCUCUCUGGCCCCGGCCUUGGAUGAAUAAAGAGUUGUUGCUGCAUUUAUACACAGUCUGCCUCGUGCCUUUUUUCUGGGCAUCUCACCACCCAGACAAUCCCUGA